UCCAGAGCUGCUGACCAGGUCGCAUUUGGGUCAUCUUGUAGAACCUUCUGAGAAAACAGGAUUAAUAGUAAGAAAACAAUGGUUAAUAGAAGUAACUUCAGGAUACAGUUGGACUAAAACAGGAACAGAUUCUCUGAACCCUCUUAGGGAUUAGUGAAGCAGCAGCUGCUUGGUGCUCACUUCUCCAGCCACCACAUGAUGAGAAGUGCUUUUGCUGGGGAGCAUGUGGGUGCAGCUACAAAGUCUCCAAGAGCUGUUGGCUUCUGGAAUAAGACUCAGCACUAGAGCCAUCUCUUCUGUCUGCCUGGAUGUGGCCAUGUGGUUAUGAUAUUGUUGAGAUUCCAUAAUGCCUCCUGCCGUGACAGACAGCCUUGACAUCUGGGCAGUGGAUUCACAGAUUGGUGCUGAUGGCUCAAUAUCCGUGGACUUUCUAUUGCCCACUGGAAUCUACAUCAACUUGGAUGUCCCUCGAGAUGCCACUAUAUCUCAUAUUAAACAGCUGUUAUGGAAGCAGGCACACACCUACCCACUCUUCCAUCUCCUCAUGGAGAUUGACUCUUACAUGUUCUCAUGUGUGAAUCAGACGGCUGUACAUGAAGAAUUAGAAGAUGAAACACGGAGACUUUGUGAUGUCAGACCCUUUCUUCCUGUCCUUAAACUAGUGACAAGGAAUUGUGAUCCAGGAGAAAAGUUGGACUCCAAAAUAGGUGUCCUUAUAGGCAAAGGUCUCCAUGAGUUUGAUGCCUUACAAGAUCCUGAAGUGAACGACUUUCGAGCUAAAAUGCGGAGAAUCAGUGAGGAGAAGAUUCAGUCCCUCGUGGGUCUUUCCUGGAUGGACUGGUUAAAGCACACUUACCCACCAGAACAGGAACCCGUUGUCCCAGAGAACUUCCAAGAUAAGCUUUAUAGUGGAAAUCUUGUAGUGGCUGUUCAUUUUGAUAACUGCCAGGAUGUAUUUAGUUUUCAAGUGUCUCCUAACAUGAAUCCCAUCAAGUUGAAUGAACUGGCAAUCCGAAAACGUUUGACUAUCCAUGGAAAAGAAGAUGAGGAAAUUGAUCCUGCUGACUAUGUGCUCCAAGUUAGUGGGAGGCUAGAAUAUGUUUUUGGUGAUCAUCCGUUAAUUCAGUUUCAGUAUAUACACAACUGCGUGAUGAACAGGACUCUUCCUCAGCUGACUCUAGUUGAGUGUUGCACCAUAAAGAAAAUGUGUGAGCAGGAAAUGAUUGCCAUAGAAGUUGCCAUAAACCGAAAAUCAUCCAACCUUCCUCUUCCUCUGCCACCAAAAAAACAAGAGCAACGACUAGUGUAUGGGACGUUUGCAGCCCUUUCAAGAUUAUUCUAUUAAAGGGUAAUAAGCUAAAUACAGAAGAAAAUGCCAAAGUUCAUGUUAGGGCUGGUAUUUUCCACGGUACGGAGCUCCUUUGUAAAACCAUUGUAAGCACAGAAAUAUCUGGGAGAAGUGACCAUGCCUGGAAUGAAGUACUGGAGUUUGAAAUAAAUGUCUGUGAUCUACCAAGAAUGGCAAGACUCUGCUUUGCAGUUUAUGCUGUGAUGGAUAAGAUGAAAACUAAAAAGUCAACUAAGUCAAUGAAUCCCUCCAAAUACCAAACCAUUAGGAAAGCAGGA